GACACGUCGAAGACUUUACAUACCGGCCCGCCUCCUUUCUACAUCACAAGAUUUCCUCAGUAGGCCAGAAGUGCAAGCGGAGGGCAAACGGUCAUCAUACCCAUCAUGGUGGAGGGGCAUUCGGUUACCCAAGUCGGGCCGGACGUUCCAAUGGCGGCGAUCGAGGUCGUUGACCCGGCGGUCAUUGCAAGACUUCCCGACGAUGUGCAAGUAAUAUCCUUGAAGCCACACGGAUUCAGCUUUUGGACGCGCACAGCACGGCUAGACACCAGACUUUCGUCUGGAUCGCACGUGAGCUACUUUCUCAAGACAACCUCUGGCGAACUAGGCCGGAACAUGGUCCACAGCGAGCACACCAGCAUGAGCAUGAUUCAUGACCUCAAGCCUUUUCUCGUGCCCAAGCCGCUCGCAUGGGGCUCGUACACAACUAUUCCGGACGUUCACUUCCUCCUCUGCGAGUUCCGGCCCAUGAAGAACGAGCUGCCGGAAGAUAUCGACGGGCUUGCAAAGGCGGUGGCAGAGUUUCACAAAGCCAGCUUAGGCAACCAGACACGCAUCUCUGCGCCUGCCGACAAGAAAUAUGGUUUUGAUCUGCCGACAUACCAUGGGAAUGUGCCUAUACACCACGGGUGGGCGAACACCUGGGAGGGAUAUUUCGCCCGCACGACGCGGCAUUUGCUGAGCAUGGAGCUCGAAUCUCGAGGUCCGUGGGGCGCUAUAACUCUUCAGAAGGACGACAUGGCUAGCGGUGGCGGUGGUGGCGGCCGUGGUGGCCCAAGCGAGAUUGAGGACUUGGAUCAGGACAUCAUCAUUGAUUUAUUUUUCAACCGGGUGGUCCCACGGCUCCUCCGACCGCUCGAGGCGAACAUCAGCCCGGUGCUCAUACAUGGAGACUUGUGGCACGGAAACGCUGGGGUGGACUCGAGUACAGACCAGGCCGUGAUCUUCGACGCUGCGAGCUUCUGGGCGCAUAAUGAGUACGAGCUAGCGGUAUGGCGACAGCCAUGGAACCAGAUCAGCAAUGGGCACAGGCUGUGCUACCAUAGAUACUUUCCUCAAUCUGAGCCGGCAGGAGAAUAUGACGACCGAAACCUGCUGUACUCGACACGCGUGAACAUCCUGGAUUCGAUCCUAUAUAAGGAUGACCCAUCCUACAGGACGAGUUACAUGUUUGCCAUGCGUGGGCUUGUCGACAAGUUCUCGGGCGAAGUAGCGACUCCAGCAUAGUGAAACACAACGCAAUAUUCACCUAAAGGACUGGGGCUUCUGUGAGAAAACCUACCGGGAAUCCGCAGGGGAUUAAUUGUAAAAUGCAUGUCAUGACGUGACAGCAGCCAUUUCGCAAUUUGUUCAUGGACGAGUCGCGCGUCAGUGCACACUACUCUGUGUGAAGUUUUUGGGCACCGUCUGCGGCUUGACAAGGACACGUAUCUCCGGCAGAAUAUAGACAUUGCCAACUUUGG